GGCGGGUGAGUGAGGAGUGUACGGGACUGGAGAGAGAUGUGGAGAGCUGGGACGCUUUGGACCACCCUCGGCGCCCCUGGCUUUUCCCAGCCACCUCUCAGCCAGGGCCUCGCCUGCAAAACCCCAUAUGACAGAUGGGAAAAUUGAGGCUCGAAGAGACCAAGUGAUUUUCAAGGUCACACAGCGAGGAAGCAGCAAAACCAGUCAGGGAUGGCUGUGGAUGGUUCCGAGGAAAAGUGUGAGAACUCCGUAGAGGAGCUCUGUCUCCCAAAACGCAGGAGCAUGUGUAGGGGCAGGCUACCCUUCCUUGGGGCAAAGCUUUGGUAGGGUGGGGAAAUGAUGGAAAUUAGGGUGAGCCCUAGACCGCGGACGAAGGGGGGAGGGGCGGUGUAAUGGGCGUGUGCGCACCCACGGGGGUGUGUGCAUGGGUGGGAAAGUGCAUGCGUGGAGAUGCACUAUUUUGCGCGUGUGCACACGUGUGCAGAUGUCAGCGCCUCCGUGGUCGCGGGACUAGAGCUGGCGUGGCUCAAGUGGACAUCAGGUCCGCGAGGCGCAUCCACGGGACUCUGAUCUGAGCUCAGAGGGAGGCUCCCAAAGCACAUCCUGGGUCCAGCAUACCCUGGCAGGCAACCAUGGCGGGCACACUGGACCUGGACAAGGGCUGUACGGUGGAGGAGCUGCUCCGUGGCUGCAUUGAAGCCUUCGAUGACUCUGGGAAGGUGAGGGACCCACAGCUAGUGCGCAUGUUCCUCAUGAUGCACCCGUGGUACAUCCCGUCCUCUGAGCUGGCAGCGAAACUGCUCCACAUCUACCAACAAUCCCGGAAGGACAACUCCAAUUCGCUGCAGGUGAAAACGUGCCACCUGGUCAGGUACUGGAUCUCAGCAUUCCCAGCGGAGUUUGACUUGAACCCUGAGCUGGCUGAGCAGAUCAAGGAGCUGAAGGCUCUGCUAGACCAAGAAGGGAACCGGCGCCACAGCAGCCUCAUCGACAUUGAGAGCGUUCCCACCUACAAGUGGAAGCGCCAGGUGACUCAGCGGAACCCUAUGGAACAGAAAAAGCGCAAGAUGUCCCUGUUAUUCGACCACCUGGAGCCCCUGGAGCUGGCGGAGCACCUCACUUACCUGGAGUACCGCUCCUUCUGCAAGAUCCUGUUCCAGGACUAUCACAGUUUCGUGACUCAUGGGUGCACAGUGGACAACCCCGUGUUGGAGCGCUUCAUUUCCCUCUUCAACAGUGUCUCGCAGUGGGUGCAGCUCAUGAUCCUCAGCAAGCCCACGGCCCCUCAGCGGGCACUGGUCAUCACUCACUUUGUGCACGUGGCUGAGAAGCUGCUGCAGCUGCAGAACUUCAACACGCUGAUGGCUGUGGUUGGGGGCCUGAGCCACAGCUCCAUCUCCCGCCUCAAGGAUACACACAACCACGUCAGCCCUGAGACCAUCAAGCUCUGGGAAGGUCUCACAGAGCUAGUGACAGCCACUGGCAACUAUGGUAACUACCGGCGCCGGCUGGCAGCUUGCGUGGGCUUCCGCUUCCCCAUCCUGGGUGUACAUCUCAAGGACCUGGUGGCCCUGCAGCUGGCACUUCCUGACUGGCUGGAUUCAGCCCGGACCCGGCUCAAUGGGGCCAAGAUGAAGCAGCUCUUUAGCAUCCUGGAGGAGCUGGCCAUGGUUACCAGCCUGCGGCCACCUGUGCAAGCCAACCCUGACUUGCUGAGUCUCCUCACGGUGUCACUGGAUCAGUAUCAGACAGAGGAUGAGCUGUACCAGCUGUCCCUCCAGCGGGAGCCACGCUCCAAGUCCUCGCCAGCGAGCCCCACCAGUUGCACCCCACCUCCCCGGCCCCCAGUGCUAGAAGAAUGGACCUCAGCCGCUAAACCUAAGCUGGACCAAGCUCUCCUAGCGGAGCACAUCGAGAAGAUGGUGGAGUCUGUGUUCAGGAACUUUGAUGUCGAUGGAGAUGGCCACAUUUCCCAGGAAGAAUUCCAGAUCAUCCGUGGCAACUUCCCUUAUCUCAGCGCCUUUGGGGACUUGGACCAGAACCAGGAUGGCUGCAUCAGCCGGGAGGAGAUGAUCUCCUACUUCCUGCGCUCCAGCUCGGUGCUGGGAGGCCGCAUGGGCUUCGUACACAACUUCCAGGAGAGCAGCUCCUUGCGCCCGGUUGCCUGUCGCCACUGCAAAGCCCUGAUCCUUGGCAUCUACAAACAGGGCCUCAAAUGCCGAGCCUGUGGUGUGAACUGCCAUAAACAGUGCAAAGACCGCCUGUCUGUGGAGUGCCGGCGCCGGGCCCAGAGUAUGAGCCUGGAGGGAUCUGCCUCCUCUCCCUCUCCCACACAUGCCCACCACCGAGCCUUCAGCUUUUCCCUGCCUCGACCAGGGAGGCGAGGCUCCAGGCCCCCAGAGAUCCGGGAAGAGGAGGUGCAGACGGUGGAGGAUGGAGUGUUUGACAUCCACUUGUAACAGAUGGUGAUGUGUCAAUGGAUGAUGGAGUCAUUCCUGCUUUGGAGAAAAGACUCGGACUCAAGCAGGCAGCCUGGGGCUUGGGGCGGGAAGUUGGGGCUAGAGGUGGUGUGUGAGGGUGGCAUGCACUGAGGGCAGGGCUAGGGCUGGUGUCCCCAAGGUUGUACAGAUUCUUGUGAAUAUUUGUAUUUUCCAGAUGGAAUAAAAAGGCCCAUGUCAUUAAUCUGGA